AUGGACGUCCUGGAGCUCUGGGAGAAGAACGGGGGUCUCCGCUUCCUGGACGCCGCGGCCUUGGCGGAGCUGGGCCAAAGCCGCGGCACUUGGCACCAGGCGGCGCAGCGGUUCUGGGAUGCCUGGCAUGGCCAGCUGCUGGCACUGGCCACGGGCUCUUCCUCGGCCAUCCGCCCAGAGCUUGCGAGGCUAUGGGCUGCGCACCAGAAGUUGAUCAAAGAAAAGGGCGACCGCAUGAGCAAGAUCCAGAGUGCUGGUGACAUGUAUCGUUGCUGGCCCUCGAGGGAUUGGUUCAAUGAGGGCCCCAUGCCCUUCAAGGAGGAGUGGAGUUUCGAGUGCGGCGAUAGCUCCUACAACAUCUGGAUCAUGGAUUUGGAGGUGGCCGCGGCUUGCAUCGGGCGCAUCGCCACUGACCUCUAUCUUCGGGAGCUGUGGCCCAAGCCGCGCCACACCCCGGAGCAGGCAAACCGCCUUGCGGGGCUGAAAAGUGCUGAGGAGCUGGCAGGAUUGCUGGCUCAAGUUGAAGCGCAAGUGCAUCAAGAUAGUGACUGGGAGUUCUCCAUGCGUCCUUGCAGGUGGCUCAUGGACCAGAUUUGGUGGUCCGAUCGCCAUACCCGCAGAAGAAUUGACCCGGAGCUGGUGAAAGCACGGCCAUACCUAUCGGAGGGCGCGCUGCUUCCACGGCGACCGCAGCCAAAACAAGGCCUGAGCCUCAUGAAGGGCCAGGAGUCGGCCUUCCUCACCUGGGACAAGCACGAGGUCUGGGUCUACGCCUGCUACGUGGAUUGA